CCAAUCAACAACUCCAACCCAAUGGCAUCAGGAACUCAGAUUCGCCAAACCCGUAGGGCGUGUGAGCCAUGUCGUCGUAAAAAGUCAAAGUGCACUGGAGAACGACCGGUUUGCUCAUUUUGUGAGCGACUUCAACUUCCGUGCAAGUAUGCAGCAAGGGGAAGCUCGUCGCAGGACAGCACCAACAAAGCCCAGAAAUCUCAGAAGUUGAAAUCCACCAAAGACAGGGUUCAGCUUCUUGAAUCCCAAAUAGCAACCUUAUCUGAAUUGGUUGGGUCGCGUACGAAUAAAGAAGCUCAGGCUUCUGAGCUUUCGCAGCCUCUUCCUACAAUAUCCAACCCUGAUGGAAAUCCCCUCUCAACUAGGCAGGCUGUUCCUAAUGAGCGACAAACUGUCUCCUUCUCAGAAGCUCACUUCAUAGCUCUUAUGCUCGAGUUCACGACUCAUGAAUACUUCCGGAACGAACACGCAGAGGCGUCUAGCUAUUACAGCCGUUCAGCAGCUACCACCAUACAGAGUCUUGCUGCUGAAGGAAAGCACCAGGUUGAGAUUGUUCAAGCUCUAUGCAUGAUGGCACUGAGAGAUAUCGUAGGGAAGUGGGAUUGA